ACAAAUACUGGAAAAGAACUAUUCUUGAAGGAUAAGAAAACGCGCUUUAAGAUUCCCUCUAUAUAUAUAUAGUACAGCGGAUUAGAAGACAGCUACGAAUCAAAUAAUAUUUCGAGAAAAUAAAAAAAAAGGAAGCAGGCGAUAAUGGCGGAUCAACAAGGAGGAACAAUCGUCGGAGGAGUUCGUGAUAUUGAUGCAAAUGCAAAUGAUCUUCAAGUCGAGAGUCUCGCUCGUUUCGCUGUCGAUGAGCAUAACAAGAAGGAGAACGUGACUCUGGAGUACAGGAGGCUCCUUGGUGCGAAAACACAGGUUGUGGCGGGAACGAUGCACCAUCUCACCGUGGAGGUGGCUGAUGGCGAGACCAAGAAGGUCUACGAGGCCAAGGUUUUGGAGAAAGCAUGGGAGAAUCUCAAGAAGUUGGAGGACUUCAACCACGUUCGCGAUGUUUAAGCCUCUAUGCUGGCUUGUCUGACCUUGCUUUGCCUCUAAGAUUGCACGUGAUAAGAGUCCCUCUUUAACCAAGAUAACUACUUAAAUAAGUGAAUGUGUGAGUCCGGUCCAUUGUGUGCGGAACUGGUGAGAUUUGUGUAUUGUUUAUUGCAAGUUGUCACGUUAUAUCUAUCUACCAUUGAUUUUAAGAGACAUUAUGAAGUUA